AUGUCUAUGGAGAAUAUUAACUCGAUGCCCGCGGGCGGGCCUGACUCCAAAGGAGCUUCCACAGCUGUGGAGGAUCACAAGCCGACUCAAGAUGUCUCCCAUGUCGAGCGGGUGCUCUCCCCCACCGACAAACUCAAGGACCCGAUCGAUGCUGCUCGUGUCGAUAAUGAGGUUCUGGAGUAUGCCACCCGCGGCCAGAUCGAGGUCGAUGAAGCCGAGAGUCGGCGUCUUCGCCGUAUGAUUGAUCGUCGUGUGUUGGUCAUCAUGAUCGUGACGUAUUUUCUGCAGGCGCUGGAUAAGGGUACCAUGUCGUUUGCUUCCAUCAUGGGCAUUCGCGACGAUGCUCAUCUCGUGGGACAGGAGUACUCCUGGCUCACAACCUGCAUCUACAUCGCCGUCCUGAUCGUCGAAUACCCUACCAACUGGAUCAUCCAACGCGUCCGCAUCGCCAAAUACCUCGGCUUCAAUAUCGUCUGCUGGGGCACAAUUCUAGCCCUGCACUCGGCAUGCCACAACUUCGCCGGUCUAGUGACUGUGCGUACUCUGCUUGGUAUCUUCGAAGCUGCCUGUCAGCCUUCCUUUGUUGUGCUUUCCGGCAUGUGGUAUAAGCGAGAAGAACAAGCCUCUACCGUCACCUUUUGGUACAUGAUGAACGGCGGCCAACAAAUCGUCGGUGGUCUCCUAGCCUACUGCUUCAGUCUAAUCGGCUCCGACCGCGCGCUCAAAUCCUGGCAAGCGCUCUUCCUCACCUACGGCUGCAUUUCCGUGCUCUGGGGCCUCUUCGUGGUCUGGUGGAUGCCUGACUCCCCGAUGCGCGCCAAGUGUUUUACCGAAGAGGACAAACACAAGAUGGUGGAGCGUGUGCGCGCCAACCAGACCGGACUGCAGAAUAAGAAGUUCCGCGCGUACCAGAUGUGGGAAGCAUUCCGGGAUCCGCAGAUGUACUGCUACUGCGCGAUUCAGAUCUUUACCACGCUGCCCACGAGUGGACUGGGAGCGUUUGCGAAUAUCAUCAUUAGUGGGUUCAACUUUACGGAGUUGCAGACGCAGUUGUUGGCGAUGGUUCUGGGCUUUUACAUUAUUAUUGUGUUGUUGACGAGUGCGUGGUUGGUCAAGAGAUAUCAGCAGAACUUGCUGGUGAUGCUGGGAUUUAUCAUUCCAUCUUUCGUCGGAACCAUCGUCCUCAUGACGGUGCAAAACCACUCCCUUAGCACCAAAGUUGGCCUGCUCAUCAGCUACUACAUCACACUCUCGUUCUGGUCUGCGCAGAACUUGGGCUUGUCCAUGGUGACAAGGAACAUUGCCGGCGCUACUAAGAAGUCAACUGUUGUGGCUGCGACGUUUGUGUCUUGGGCUGUCGGGAACGCCAUCGUAGGCCCCCAAGUAUUCCUCGAUCGCGACGCCCCACGGUACUUCAUUGCCUUCGGCGUGCACCUCGGCUGUUACUCCGCCAUGACACUGGCGGUGAUCUUCCUGCGCUUCUACCUGAUCCGAGAGAACAAGAAGAAGGACAAGGCAAUGGCAGAGAUGGGUAUAUCCCUAGAGGGCGAGGACCAUCUAGCGAGGGCGUUCGAGGACAGGACAGACCGCGAGAAUAUCCACUUUAGAUAUAUAUACUAG